AUGUACCGAGGCGGCGGAGGUCGCUAUCGAGGAGGUCGUGGCGGUGCACGAGGCAGUAAAAGCACCACCACCACCACAACCACAACCACCCAAAAGGGCCUCUUCGCCGAAGGCAUCUGGCAAUGCAAUUGCACCCCUCGUCUCCCAGCCGAACACUUCAAAGUUAAGAAGGAAGGCAAGAACCAAGGCCGUUGGUUCUACACCUGUCAGAAUUCCGAGCCGAAACGCUGUGGGUUCUUCUUGUGGGAUGAGGACGCUAAGCCGAGAGAGGAAGCGGCUGUGUUGAGUGGGAGGAGGACUGAGCCGGGUGCGAGUACGGGAGGGGGAGGAAGGAUGAGUCUAGGAGGAAGUUGUGAGGUGCAGGAAGGGUGGGAUGCGGGGAGGGCUGCUAGAGCGGCGAGGACGGAUGCUAUGGGUGGUAGAGGUGUCGGUGGUGGGAGUGGAAGGGGUCUGUUUGCGCAGCAGGGUAUUGGGAGAGGGAGUGCGAGAAGGGUUGAGGACGAGGAAACGCAGAGUCCAUCACCAAGACGUAUCUCGCCUCCACCACCGUAUACUGCUAUGCCUUCCAGCAGUAAUACCAAGCGCAAAGCCCCGCAAGCUGGGAUUGAUGAGGAGGACGACGACGAGUUCUUCCCAUGGCCACUCACUGGACAGGAGGAGCGAGCUCUGGCCCAGGCUGCAGAUCACACUACUGCUCCGCAGACACCGCAUAAAGCUGUGAAGACUGGUGUAUAUGCUACGCCUGCCACGAGCGUUGGACGCAAACUACCGUGGUUGGAGCAACAGCAAACACCGAGGACACCGAGCACGACCCCGAAUACUGCAGGCUAUUUCGACACACCUACCAAAAGCACAAGCACGCUCGCAGCUCCCAGUGUAGUCCAGAACACAACGCCACUCCACCAGAACCCCAUCAUACUCCCAGCCGCCAAGACCCCCUCCCCACCAGCCCGCCACAAAGACGCCCUUCUCAACCCCGCAGACUCCGAAAGCAUCUCAAAAGGCCGGGACAUCGCUCGCCUAGCGGUCAAAGCCAAGGAAGCUAAAAUCGCCGAACUCGAGGCCAAGAUCGUCGGGUUGGAGAAUGCGAAGAUUGCGGAGUUGAGGACUAGGAUCGCGAGUUUGGAGGCGGAGAGGGAGGUGCAGAGGGUUGUGGUUGGGGAGUUGAGGUGGCGGGUGGCAAAUCCUAAUAGUGGAGGGGAGAUGGAUAGUCAGGAGACUAUUAUUUGA